AUGUUGCAACCACGAAAGCUGAUGUCGGCCCAGAGGAGCUGCGCAAGCAUUCUGGGCUCGACCGCCUUCCGGGGGCUUGUAAUUAGACAGUAUGCCUCCGCCACGAGAAAAUCUGCCGACAAGCCUGCCUCCGAGAAACCGACAACGACAGCCAGCGAUUUUUCUGCACCCGGGUCCGCCCCGACCAAAAGCAACGACUCCGUCAUCAUGCGCACCUACAAGCCACGAACCCCCGGUGUCCGCCAUCUCAAGCGACCCAUCAAUGACCACCUGUGGAAGGGCCGUCCCUUUCUGCCAUUGACCUUUCCCAAGAAAGGUCACGGCAAGGGUGGUCGCAACUCUUCUGGAAAGAUCACCGUCAGACACCGUGGAGGCGGUGCCAAGAGGAGAAUACGAACCGUCGACUUCAACCGCUGGCUGCCCGGCCCCCAUCUGGUCGAUCGCAUUGAGUACGAUCCGGGGCGUAGUGCUCACAUUGCGCUGCUCACGAAUAAGUCAAAUGGGCGCAAGAGCUACAUUGUUGCGGCUGAGGGUAUGCGCGCUGGUGACGUUGUCCACAGCUACCGUUCAGGCAUCCCCAAGGACCUGCUCGACAGCAUGGGCGGCGUCGUCGAUCCCGGUAUUUUGGCCGCCAAGACUGCCUGGAGAGGCAACUGCCUGCCCAUGCACAUGAUUCCUAUCGGUACCGUGGUUUUCAACGUUGGCUCAAGGGCCAAGGGCGGUGCUGUUUUCUGCCGCAGUGCUGGCACCUACGCGAUUGUCGUCUCAAAGGAGGAAGAGACCAGGGAUGACGGAACCAAGGUCAUGACGGGCAAGUACGUCAAUGUCCGUCUCCAAAGUGGUGAAAUCCGCAGAGUCAGCAAGGACGCCUGCGCCACCAUUGGAGUUGCCAGCAACCCGCACCACCAAUACAGACAGCUGGGUAAGGCCGGAAGAAGCAGAUGGCUGAACAUUCGCCCUACUGUUCGUGGCCUUGCCAUGAACUCUGUUGAUCACCCUCACGGAGGUGGACGUGGCAAGUCCAAGGGUAACCGUCACCCGACUAGUCCGUGGGGCACACCGGCCAAGGGAGGGUUCAAGACUCGCCGUAAGCAUAACUUCAACAAGUGGGUUGUUGACCCCAGAGUACGCAACAUGGGCCGGAGGAGAGACAAGAGCAGCUCUUAA